GCACAACAAUAAGCCAAUCACGUUGCCAAAUUAGGUAGCUGCUAUCUAACACCUUGGUGAUAGUGCUUGGGUAAGCCAUGUGUUGGUUGGUACCUAAUCUUGAUGAACUUUCAAAUCAUCUUCACCACCCUCACCAUUGUUAUCACCAUCAUACCGAGUCUCGCUACUUUCACAUAGCCACUGGAGAGUUGCAACUGGCCUGACCAGCACCUGACAUUGAAGCACACCAUUGGAAGGUAGGCUCGGGCCGACAUGGAAUCCCCUUUGACUGAGAUCAGUGAGGAGGGCUGCUUCGUUGCCCUCACACAUGAACACCUACAGGUCCAGGACAUCAUGGAUCGCGUUCGUAGUCCUCAGGCCGGUGCAAUCGUCCUUUUCGCCGGCACUACUAGGGAUAAUUUUGCGGGAAAGCCAGUCAAGGAGCUUCAGUACUCGUCUUAUGCCCCUUUGGCUCUGAAGACCAUGCUAUCCCUCUGCAAGAGCGUGAUGGCACGUCAUGGCCUCAAGGGUAUUGCCAUGAUUCAUCGACUCGGUACUGUCCCCAUCGGAGAGGAAAGUAUACUCAUCGCGGUCUCGGCUCCCCAUCGUCAGGCUGCCUGGAGGGCCGGCGAAGAAGCCCUUGAAGACUGCAAGAAGCACGUUGAGGUGUGGAAAAGAGAGGAGUUUGAAGGCGAAGAAGGUGUUUGGCGUGCCAACCGUGAUGGCAUUCCUGGUCAAAAAAUCACCGGAAGCGGCGAAAUCCAUUGAUAUGCUAGCUCCGACAGCCCUUCUCAGUCAUUGCCUGUAGACCGUGUUGAUGUGACAGACAUGUUCAGCAUAUCUCGAUCAUCUGAGAAAGGCCAACUGGUCACUGACUCACUGCGCAGAAAACAUCGGACUCGCUCCUCGUUGCACGGUGUGAUAUGAUGGACUCUAACGAGUGCAGCAGCCGAGCAAACAUGAAAGGAGUGUCUUCAAUUCAGGUACGGAAACCACCUGAGGCGCUAUUGGGUCCGUGAACCUGGUCUUCGUCAACAUGUCGUACGGUCUGCGCCGAUGGUAUCCAUCUCGCCUGAAGAUCUCGCCUGAAAUGUACUACAGCCCUCUACCACUCCGAAAAGACGAAGGUUUUUGAAGACGGGGUGCUAUACGCAGGUCAACUCACUGACAGAAGUCUUCGGUGUCGAUUUUUGGUCCCACGGGACCGUAAUUCCACCCUAGCGGAGUAUCGCAU